AUGUCUGAGGCUGAGGUCGUGUACUCUGAAGUCAAGUUCCAGAGUCAGAGGGGAAACACUGAUGGGCCGGCCUCCUCCCCUCAGAGCUCUGAGGUCCGGGUCUCGGGCCCUCAGCCAUCCUCAAAGCUGCCUGCUUCUCAACAACAACAACAACAACAGCCGGCAUCGAGCGGACGGUCCAAAUCCAGGCCGGAGAGAGCGACCUUCGUGACCUUCGUGGUCCUCGGCGUCCUCGUGGCGGCGGCCAUCGUCGCCCUCGGCCUGACCUGUUAUCAAAUGAUGCAUCUCCAAAAGCUGACGGAUGAGCUCGAUGCUGUGGAAAGAAAUCUCACCGUUUAUAAAGAAAUUCUCCAAAAUGUGAUGGAUAAGCUUGAGGGACAGGGAGACAAAGCCACAGAGGACUCAUGUGCAGAGUGUGAAGACGGCUGGGAGCAGCGUGGAGCAGAGUGCUAUUAUUUCUCCAACAACCAGUUGACCUGGGAGCAGAGCCGUCGAGCAUGUGGCUGUCGAGGAGGAGCUCUGGUCCGCAUCGGCAACAGAGCGGAGCAGGAAUACCUGGCGGGGCAGCUGAGAGGGAAAGGGAACCAGCCUGAUGACUUGUUCUGGAUCGGACUGACGGACUCCGAGCAGGAGGGGGCGUGGCUGUGGACCGACGGCUCCCCGCUGGACUGGAGUGAGUCCUUCUGGAGCCGCUCGGAGCCGGACAACUUCCUCGGGAAGGAGGACUGUGCAGCGACAAAGGUUCAAGCCGCCGGAGGCAACGUGCGGCGCUGGGUCGGCCUGCCCUGCGGAGCGGCGAACGGACACAUCUGUGACAAACCGGCACGAACCAGACGCUCCGAGUGCGUCUGAAGAGGCGGAGAGAGCUUGAGGUGAAAUGUACCGGAGAGCAUCGACAUGCACGUGAGCGUCACAAACGAGCCGCGCAGGAGGGAUCCGUCAACGUCUUCUUAUUUAUGAGAUGUGACAAAAUAAAAUAAAAAACAAUAAUUACUUUUCAA